AUGCCUCCCAAGAGACCAGUUCUUGAAAAUCUACGGAUAGAUCCUCCAGAGAAAACGGUAUCGAUUACAGACACAUUAACCUUAGUUGUAAAGGGUGAUGGGGGUCUUGAAAUGCGUGUGAAAGAAAGUUUUAUGGCUUCUGGUCCAGCGUUUCCGGCGCAGGCCGCAAAACAAAAGGAUGACAAAAAUGAUGUGAGUAUGGAAAAGAUAAGGUUUGAGGAUCUGCGUACGUGCCAGGAGUUGGGAAAGGGGUCUCAGGGAAGGGUCAGACUUGCUCGACAUCUUCCCACCGGAAAAAGGUAUGCAGUGAAAUAUAUUAGGUUGGAAGAGGACACAGAUGGUAUGCGUCAAGCCCUUG